AAGCCGCUUCCGGUCGCGAGGGGUCGCCUGCGGGCUCCAGCUGCGCCUGAGCAGGAAGGGAGGGUCAGCGCGCCGGCGCAGUGCCGCGGUCACAGGCUGCGUGCCGCGGCGCGAUCCUCGCUUCUCUGAGUGUUGGCCCGGGAGGAAGGAAGAUGGUGCUGGAUCUGGAUUUGUUUCGGGUGGAUAAAGGAGGGGACCCAGCCCUCAUCCGAGAGACGCAGGAGAAGCGUUUCAAGGACCCGGGACUGGUGGACCAGCUGGUGAAGGCAGACAGCGAGUGGCGACGAUGUAGAUUUCGGGCAGACAACUUGAACAAGCUGAAGAACCUAUGCAGCAAGACAAUUGGAGAGAAAAUGAAGAAAAAAGAGCCAGUGGGAGAUGAUGAGUCUGUCCCAGAGAAUGUGCUGAGUUUCGAUGACCUUACUGCAGACGGGUUAGCUAACCUGAAAGUCUCACAAAUCAAAAAAGUCCGACUCCUCAUUGAUGAAGCCAUCCUGAAGUGUGACGCAGAGCGGAUAAAGCUGGAAGCAGAGCGGUUUGAGAACCUCCGAGAGAUUGGGAACCUUCUGCACCCUUCUGUGCCCAUCAGUAACGAUGAGGAUGCGGACAACAAAGUAGAGAGGAUUUGGGGUGAUUGUACCGUCAGGAAGAAGUACUCUCAUGUGGACCUGGUGGUGAUGGUAGAUGGCUUUGAAGGCGAAAAGGGGGCCAUGGUGGCUGGGAGUCGAGGGUACUUCUUGAAGGGGGUCCUGGUGUUCCUGGAACAGGCUCUCAUCCAGUAUGCCCUUCGCACCUUGGGAAGUCGGGGCUACAUUCCCAUUUAUACCCCCUUUUUCAUGAGGAAGGAGGUCAUGCAGGAGGUGGCACAGCUCAGCCAGUUUGAUGAAGAACUUUAUAAGGUGAUUGGCAAAGGCAGUGAAAAGUCUGAUGACAACUCCUAUGAUGAGAAGUACCUGAUUGCCACCUCAGAGCAGCCCAUUGCUGCCCUGCACCGGGAUGAGUGGCUCCGGCCGGAGGACCUGCCCAUCAAGUAUGCUGGCCUGUCUACCUGCUUCCGUCAGGAGGUGGGCUCCCAUGGCCGUGACACCCGUGGCAUCUUCCGAGUCCAUCAGUUUGAGAAGAUUGAACAGUUUGUGUACUCAUCACCCCAUGACAACAAGUCAUGGGAGAUGUUUGAAGAGAUGAUUACCACCGCAGAGGAGUUCUACCAGUCCCUGGGGAUUCCUUACCACAUUGUGAAUAUUGUCUCAGGUUCUUUGAAUCAUGCUGCCAGUAAGAAGCUUGACCUGGAGGCCUGGUUUCCGGGCUCAGGAGCCUUCCGUGAGUUGGUCUCCUGUUCUAAUUGCACGGACUACCAGGCUCGCCGGCUUCGAAUCCGAUAUGGGCAAACCAAGAAGAUGAUGGACAAGAGAAAGAAUAAUCUCCAUUUAUCUACACAGAACAAGUUGGAGGCUUCCCUCUUCUCACCCAAGAAGGUGGAGUUUGUCCAUAUGCUCAAUGCUACCAUGUGCGCCACUACCCGUACCAUCUGCGCCAUCCUGGAGAACUACCAGACAGAGAAGGGCAUCACUGUGCCUGAGAAAUUGAAGGAGUUCAUGCCGCCAGGACUGCAAGAACUGAUCCCCUUUGUGAAGCCUGCGCCCAUUGAGCAGGAGCCAUCAAAGAAGCAGAAGAAGCAACAUGAGGGCAGCAAAAAGAAAGCGGCAGCGAGAGACGUCACCCUAGAAAACAGGCUGCGGAACAUGGAGGUCACCGAUGCCUGAACAUUCCUGCCUUCCUGUUUGCCGGGCUUUCAUUUCUGUCCGCUGAGAUCUCAGAGCCUGCCCAACAGCAGGGAAGCCAAGCACCCAUUCAUCCCCCUGCCCCCAUCUGACCGCGUAGCUGAGAGGGGAACAGUGCCAUGUACCACACAGAUGUUCCUGUCUCCUCGCAUGGGCAUAGGGACCCAUCACUGAUGACUGAUGAAACCAUGUAAUAAAGCAUCUCUGGGGAGGG